CCAAAAAAAUGAAGUGUUAUGCUCUCAUGUUAUGGGUAUUAGGCUAUUAGCCUUAUUAUGAGGCCACCUUGAAACAAAAAUUUAUGAGGACCUUUGUCAAUUAAUAUGGUACUAUACUCUUUGGUUGAUUUUAAUUUUUAACCUCUUAAUGAACAAUGUCACCAUUAUUAUUAUAAAAAAAAUAUUGGGAAAGACGAAAAUUGAUGUCACUUUCAUUUUAUUGUUGUCUAUCCUUUUUUUUUUAUAAGUGAUAUAGAUUAUAGAAUUUGAACUCGGAUUAUUCAAACAUGAAUACAAAAUCAAUUAUAUUACCAUUGAACGAAAUCCCUAUUCGCUUGUAACAUGUUUUCUUGGAAUUCAUCAAAUUACUUGUAAAUGCAAUUUUAGAUAGAAGAUUACUAAACCUUAACCUUAUAUCUUCUGACUAUAAAUAGAAUACAUAUUUAUUUACACAGAAGAUUACUAACUAAAUCUUAACCUUAUAUAUUUUUCAAGCAAGUCCAGUAUGUCAAUGACCUUAACUCUAUUAGUAUUACGUUAGGUGUGCAAUAAAACCGGCCUUUUCCAUUUCUAGACCUACGAUUGAGAUUAAGUCCCUGUUUAGGUUCAUUUGGAACAUCACGAUUACACGAAAAGACCAAACUAUUAGGCAACGCAUUUUGGUAGGAAAGCAUGCAUAUAUUUAUAUAAUAACUUGUUACUAAUAAAGAAAGGAAAGGAUUUUAUACACCAAACUAGUUGAUGUGAUGAAUCGAACAAAUAAUUAUUUAUAUGUCGAACCAACAAUCAUGCUAGUAGCUCGGUUACUUAUCUUUCGCUCGUUAUAAUAUUGUAUAUAGAUGAAAAAAGUGAGAGUAUAUAACGAAUAAAAAGAGAGACAAUAACAAUAAUUAUUUCUCAAUUACAAACUUAUAUCAUGUACCAUUGAUCAAUUAUAACUUGCUUACUCAUUCUAUCAUCACUUCUCUAUGACUCUAUUGUCUAUAAUUUUGGGGUCUUACUAAUCAAUGAAGGUGAUGGAAUGUCUACAGUAACACACUUGUCUACGUAUACACCUCUCGCUGGUCUGUUACUUCAAUUGGUAUGAGCUACAGCAAACCGUCUCCUCCUCCUUUCACAUCCUCCACAGACUAGAAAGCAAUAUCGUGCAUUUUAGACGGACGUAUGGUAAUCGCUAGUGCUGAAUAAGUGGUCAAAAAUCAGAGUUGCUCGCGCCACAAUAUCCUCACUCUUUGCGGUCGACGUUUGCCAGAUGGUCGUCAUUGUGUUUGUGCAGUGCGGGCCAAUUGAAGCGGCAGGUGGUCCAAUUAAUUCUUGGACGGACGGAAUAUAAUUGAUUAUAAUAAUAGAGCUUAACUUCUUUGGAGUUGGAAUAAUUGCUAAUGUGACAGAACCAUUUUGAUAGGAAGGAAGGAAGCGAUAUUUACGAAGCGCUUGUCUCUCUAUAUAUACACCACUCACUUCCCUAACAAAUUUCAGUCGGUAUUACUACAGCAAAGACCAAACCGCUUUCCUUUCACAUCCUUCACAAACCACAAUCAUGGGUACGGAGGUCGUUGCAGCGCCAGUCGCCGCCGCCGAAGUCAUUCCACCCGGCGGCACCGUUUGUCACGCCGUGCUUUUCCCCUUCAUGUCAAAAGGACACACAAUCCCCAUCCUCCACCUCGCCCGCCUCCUCCUCCGCCGCCAAAUCACCCUCACCGUCUUCACCACCCCCGCCAACCGCCCCUUCAUCGCCGCUUCACUCCCCGCCGGCGCCGCCGCCGCCAUCGUCGAGCUCCCCUUCCCACAGGACAUCCCGGAAAUCCCCGCCAGCGUCGAGAGCACCGACAAGCUCCCAUCCGUCGACUCCCACUUCCCCCACUUCGCCCUCGCCACGGAGCGCAUCCGUCCCGACUUCGAAUUGGCGCUGGAAAAUCUCCGGCCGCGGCCGAGCUUCAUGGUCUCCGACGGCUUCCUCUGGUGGACCCAGGACUCCGCCGAGAAGUUCGGGAUCCCGCGGCUGGUCUUCUACGGGAUGUCGAAUCACUCCGGCAGCGUGUCUAGAGCCGUGGCCGUCGACCGGCUCCUGUUCGGCCCCGAGUCCGACGACGAGUUGAUCCCCGUGACUCAGUUCCCGCGAGUCAAAGUUUGCAAGAGCGACUUCGACGACUGGGCCCGAUCGCCCGACCCGAAGGGUCCCCUCUUCGAUUUCGUUAUGAAAUCCGUUGCCGCUUCCUCGCGAAGCUACGGUUCCGUGAUGAAUAGCUUCUACGAGUUCGAACCGGUUUUCGUGGAUCAUCUAAACGGUCUCGGGACACAGAAGUACUACUCCGUGGGCCCUCUUUGCCUGGCUGACGUGGACGACGAUAACUGCGGGAAAAAGGCCGUAUUAGCCGCUGAGUCGAAGCCAGCUUGGAUUCGAUGGCUGGACGAGAAGCUGGCUGAAGGUAGGGCGGUGUUGUACGUGGCGUUUGGGUCCCAAGCAGAGAUAUCAGAGGAACAAUUGGAGGAGAUAGCGUGUGGGUUGGAAGAGUCCGAAGUGAAUUUCUUGUGGGUGAUAAGAAAGGGAGGCGGUGGGUUGGAGGAGCGAGUGAAGGGGAGAGGGAUGGUAGUGAGAGAAUGGGUGGACCAGAGGAGGAUACUGGGCCACGCCAGCGUGCAAGGGUUUUUGAGUCAUUGUGGUUGGAAUUCAGUGAUGGAGAGUGUCUGCGCUGGAGUGCCGAUGUUGGCGUGGCCGAUGAUGGCGGAGCAGCCGUUGAACGCGAGGAUGGUGGCGGAGGAGGUGAAGGUGGGGAUCAGAGUGGAAGGUUCAGGGAGAACGGGGUUUGUCCAGCGCGGAACUUUAGAGAAGGUGGUGAGGGAGUUGAUGAACGGUGUGGAGGGUAUGGAAGUGAGAAGGAACGCGAAGGCGUACGCAGAGAAGGCUAGGAAAGCUAUGAAGGAAGGGAGCGGCUCGUCGUGGAAAACAUUGAACUUGUUAAUUCACGACUUGUGUAGCAAGGGAAAAACUGGAUACUAGUAACUAUUUUGCUUAUUGUUUUCACUGUCCAAUCAACAACUCUCAUAAAUAAAUGAGCUUUUAUGGGCCGUCAUUGUGUUGGCAAUACCAUUCAACGACGUCCAAUUGUAACUGGAUCAGGAGUCCGAUUUCAAAUUUCCUGCAACGAGAGUGAAAGUAGGAAGGACAUUUUGGUCUUCACAAUUUUUUUUUAUUCAUUAAAAAGACACGUACUGGGAUUCGAACCAUGACCAUUUUAAAGAAAAGCAAGGAUAAUAACCAAUCACACUAAGCACAUUUGUUGUAUCUUUUUAAAUUAAAAACAUAUAAUAGCAGGGAGGAAAAAACCCUUCCCCAUUUCAAAUUCCCUGCUCCAUGAGCGUUUUUAGGAAGGGUAGAAUAGGGAGUUUCAAUUUUUUCUCUCUUUCCUCUGUGGAACGGGCCAACUUACCGCACACAUGUGAAUUUAAACGGGUCCAGGAGUGUCAAAUUUUUUUCUUUAAGCCCUUUUAUUUCUCCGUGGUGACAAAAUAUAUAUGAAAUGGUAAAAAUAAUACUCCUUUUUAUUGUUAAAAAUAAAAAAUUUAACAAUAAACUAAUGCAUGGUAUCUAAUGGGCUAACCGCUAACGAUAAAAUAAAAGAGUUGAAUGUGUCUGACCUACAUGGGAUUUGGCCAUCAUGUAAAAUAAAUGAACAUCAUUGGUUUGUCAUUCUAAAAUAAGCUAAUUUCUCUGGCAUAAUAUAUAUUAUGCUAUUAUUUUAUAUCUUAGUGGCUAAAAUAUAAUGUAUUUUAAAGUUAUUUAAUGGUUCAACCUCGACCAACACAAUUAGUGCAAUUAUUAUCAUUUCAAAUAUAUAUUUUAUAAUUAUUUGAUAUCAUAAUGAUCAAAUUAUAGUGUAUUUUAUAGGGAAUCGUUUGGUAUUUGUUAGUAAAAAACUAAACAUAAAGAUCUAUUUGGUUAUUUUAAACAUUAUAACGAUCCUAAACAUUUUCAGUUCCUUUUGAAUUUCUAUGGUUUUAUUCCCGAAUAAGUGAUGUGCAAAUGGCAAAUUGUAGUCGUCUCUUUUCUUUCACUAUUUUUUAUUUUCAAAUAGAAAGUUUAAAAGUAAAGAAUAAUUAGAAUUUGGCAUGGGUCGUCAAACAGGCUGAAUUUCAAGUUUUGGCCCGUUUGUUUUAUGCAUUGCAAAUUUAUUAGCAUUUUGAUGGAAAUGGCUUGGAAAAAAGACAUAUAAGUUGUACCUUUGCAGAAAUGUCCUCAAAUGUUUGAAUGCUUUGUGAAUCAGGUUCCGUGACUAUUGUGAUGGUGUAUGUGCUUGACAAUUGCCCGAUGUUGUAACUGCUUAAUUUGAGAGUAAAUCUUUUGAUUUUCCCUAUGAGUUGUGAUACCAGUUCUAGUGGUUGCAGCAUGUUGUCGUUAUUGGCCUGUAAAAGUUGUUCUGCCGUGGUGCUAAAUACCGUUCUUUCUUUUUUAACAAAUUGUGUAGUAGUGCUAUGAAACAAACCACCCAUGAACGCUACGCUUAUUAUGGUUUGUUCUUACUUCCGGUGGUGAGAAAUUGUGAAUUGAGAAUCAUAUUCGCCUACCGCACUGUAUCUGGCUGGUGGCUGCUUAUUGUGCUCUCUAGAGUUAUGAAACAGACUACCCAUGAACGUUACCCUUAAGAGUCCAUAACUUUGCGAAAAACCAAAUUUAGGCAAUCAAAGGUGGUGGAUGUGUGAUGAUUUUUUAUGGCUUAAUUGUUUGUGAAUUGGAUAUCUGAUCUUUGUAUGAUUAGAUGGGAUGUUUGCUUAAUAGAAUAAUCCAUUUUAA